AUGUCAUCUAUGCACGAAGAGAAACCACCCCCACCUCCGCUACGAUACAGUAGCAGCACUUCAAAUGCAUUUCGUGACCAUACGUUUGUGGAAUUAAAGCCUCUUCCGCGUGAACCAAUGUCGAACUUUGAGCAUUAUGGCUCUUUGGCUGUUGUUGGCAAGAAAACAAAAAAAAACAAAACUUUUGGAGGGAAAAAAAGUAAAGAUAAAGAAAGAACGAGUGACAAGCCUGUUAUUUCACUACCAAGUAAUUUCGAGCACACUAUUCAUGUUGGUUAUGAUCCCGAAACCGGCGAAUUCACGGGAAUGCCACCGAUGUGGGCUCAAUUAUUACAAAGUGCUCAAAUUAGCAAGCAGGAGCAGCAGCAGAAUCCUCAAGCCGUGCUUGAUGCCCUGAAAUAUUAUACACAAGCUGAUUCUUCGCAGCAGAAAUGGCUGCAGCCAUCAUCAUUUGAAGGUUCUAUAUCACUUAAUCGUUCGAAUGGGGAGCAACAACGACACAAGCAGCGGGACAUCAGCACAUCAGAAAAUCUCGUUGGCCUUUGUUCUAGUUCGUCAUUACCGCAUAAAGGUUAUUAUCAAAAUGAGAAUGAGACUGGACCUGAGGGACAGACACAUCAUCGAAAUCUCACUAAAUCGCAACAUAAUACAUAUCAUCACAGAGAACCACUAACUUCUGCACAUCAUCAAGGUUUAGGAAUUUCAACAACAUAUACGGGUUUACCAAGAAGUGGACAGCUGGGUGGCUAUUCAGCUUAUGGUACAAGUGUGAAUCUUUCGUCUGAAAGUAACAGUAAUUCAUCACAUUCAUCGUCAACCACUGAUCAGCAUAUAUCACAUCCUCCGGAUUAUGCUGCACCUGUAGUUCCUGAUGAGGAUGAAUCUGAUGACACUCCUGCACCACCUAUACCUGAUCGCCCUGCCCGCACUAUUUCUAUUUACACGAAACCAAAAACUGAUGAAGGAAAAAUAGAAUUGUCUAUGAGCAAUGCUUUAAUAACGGCUGGUCACUUCGGCCUCAGUAAUCGAACAACAGGACGUCGAAAAAAAAUUUCUGAUUCGGAAGUGUUAGCUAAAUUGCGAACAAUUGUUACCAUAGGAAAUCCAGAUCGAAAAUACCAGAAAGUGAAUAAAAUUGGUUCUGGUGCAUCAGGAUCAGUGUUUACAGCAAUCGAAAUCAGUACAGGUGCAGAGGUUGCUAUUAAACAAAUGAAUUUGGCUCAGCAGCCUAAAAAAGAACUCAUAAUCAACGAAAUCUUGGUAAUGCGUGAAAAUAAACAUGCAAAUAUCGUCAAUUAUCUCGACUCUUAUCUCGUUGGAGAUGAUCUUUGGGUAGUGAUGGAAUAUUUGGCUGGGGGUUCAUUGACAGAUGUUGUAACAGAAUGUCAGAUGGAAGAAGGGAUGAUUGCUGCUGUUUGCAGAGAGGUGUUGCAAGCACUGGAAUUUCUUCACAGUCGACAUGUAAUUCAUCGUGAUAUAAAAUCUGACAAUAUCCUUCUUGGGAUGGAUGGCUCUGUGAAAUUAACUGAUUUUGGCUUUUGUGCUCAGAUAAGUCCUGAACAAAGUAAGCGAACAACUAUGGUUGGAACUCCUUACUGGAUGGCACCAGAAGUUGUGACAAGGAAGCAGUAUGGUCCGAAAGUUGAUGUCUGGUCAUUGGGUAUUAUGGCUAUCGAAAUGGUUGAAGGAGAGCCACCGUAUUUAAACGAAAAUCCAUUGAGGGCGAUUUACCUGAUAGCAACGAAUGGGAAGCCGGAUUUUCCGUCUCGUGAAACUCUGUCACCUUCAUUUCGAGAUUUUAUUGAUUGUGCUCUGGAUGUAUCUGUUGAUGACCGAUAUUCUGCGAGCCAACUGCUCACACAUCAUUUUCUGAAAUGUGCUAAACCGCUAGCUACUUUGUACCAUCUAAUUAUUGCAGCAAAGAAAAGCAUUGCAGCAUCGGCGUGA